ACGAGUGUUCCCGAAUCUUUCUAACGUAAAGAUCAAAUGGGCAAGAUGGCGUGGCAGCCGGAGGAGAAUGGUCUCCGACAAAUCCUUCAGCUGUUGAAAGAGUCACAAUCUCCCGAUACUGCCACACAGAGGAACGUUCAACAAAAACUUGAGGAAUUAAACAAGUACCCAGACUUCAACAACUACCUGAUAUUUGUCCUGACCAAGCUGACCUCAGAAGAUGAUCCAACCCGCUCGCUCAGUGGUUUGAUUUUGAAGAAUAAUGUGAGAGCCCACUUUGAGAAGUUUCCUCCGGAGGUGACAAACUUCAUUAAACAGGAAUGCCUCAACAGUAUUGGGGAUCCUUCACCGCUAAUCCGGGCCACCAUAGGUAUCCUUGUCACUACCAUUGUGGCGAAAGGAGAGUUGAGGAACUGGACUGAACUUCUACCGUCAUUGUGUAGCAGUCUCGACUCCGACGAUUACAAUGUCUGUGAGGGAGCGUUUGGUGCCCUUCAGAAGAUUUGUGAGGACACAGCUGAGGACCUGGACAAUGACAGUACACGGCCUCUCAACAUCCUCAUUCCCAAGUUCCUACAGUUCUUCAAACACAACAGUCCCAAAAUCAGGUCCCAUGCCAUAGCCUGUGUGAACCAGUUUAUCAUUAGUCGUACACAGGCCCUGAUGGUGCAUAUCGACGCUUUCAUCGAGAACUUGUUUUUCCUGGCCACAGAUGAGGACACAGAAGUGAGAAAGAAUGUCUGCCGAGCACUGGUGAUGUUGGUGGAGGUUCGAAUGGACAGACUGAUACCCCACAUCAACAGUAUUAUAGAGUACAUGAUGCUGCGGACCCAGGAUGAUGACGACAGUGUGGCGUUAGAGGCGUGCGAGUUCUGGCUGUCGCUGGCCGAACAGCCAAUCUGUAAGGAUGUACUGGCAUCACACAUUGAACGCCUUGUUCCUGUUCUCGUCAAGGGCAUGAAGUACUCCGAGAUCGAUAUUAUACUGCUCAAGGGAGAUGUGGAGGAAGACGAGAUGGUCCCCGACAAGGAAUCCGACAUCAAACCUCGUUUCCACAAAUCCCGCACUCAUAGCCAGAAACACCAGGACGGCGAGGAGGUAGGUAACGGCUCCAAUGAUGGAGAACUAUCAGACGACGGAUUCGAUGAUGAUGAUAGUCUCUCGGACUGGAAUCUCAGAAAAUGCUCUGCAGCAGCCCUUGAUGUGCUAGCAAAUGUGUUUCGAGAGGAGAUCCUGCCAAUAUUGCUUCCAAUUCUAAAAGAGACACUGUUCCAUAAUGACUGGGAUAUUAAAGAAUCGGGCAUCCUGGUGCUGGGUGCUAUUGCGGAGGGCUGCAUGAACGGGAUGAUCCCUCACCUUCCUGAACUAAUUCCCUAUCUGAUCAGUCGACUGUCAGACAAGAAGGCACUGGUUCGUUCAAUCACCUGCUGGACGCUUAGUCGAUAUGCUCACUGGGUGGUGGGACAGCCUCAUGAGCUGUAUCUCAAACCACUUAUGACUGAGCUACUGAAGCGAGUGCUGGACUCAAACAAGCGAGUACAGGAAGCAGCCUGUUCGGCAUUUGCCACUUUGGAAGAGGAGGCUUGCACAGAGCUGGUCCCUUACCUCGGCUUCAUUCUGGAGACGCUGGUCUACGCUUUCAACAAGUAUCAGCACAAGAAUCUGUUGAUUCUGUAUGAUGCUAUCGGGACACUUGCCGACUCGGUUGGCCAUCACCUAAACAAGCCAGACUAUGUCAACAUGCUGAUGCCUCCCCUCAUACAGAAGUGGAAUGUGUUGAAAGACGAGGAUAAAGAUCUCUUCCCCUUGUUGGAGUGUUUGUCCAGUGUAGCGACUGCCCUUCAGUCAGGGUUCCUGCCAUACUGCGAGCCAGUUUACCGCAGAUGUGUGUCCUUGGUGGAACAGACACUGAACCAGAACUUUAUGAGCAUGUCCCACCCAGACCGGUACGAGCCCCCAGACAAGGAUUUCAUGAUUGUGGCCUUGGACCUCCUCAGCGGCCUAGCAGAAGGCCUUGAACAACACAUUGAAGCACUCGUGGCAAACAGUAACAUCCUCAAGUUGCUCUUUCAGUGCAUGCAGAUGACAUUGUAUUCUUGCCCUACAACACAGGACCCCAUGCCAGAGGUUCGACAGAGCUCAUUUGCACUUCUAGGUGACUUGACCAAGGCCUGUUUUCAGCAUGUCAAACCUUGCAUAGGAGACUUCAUGCCUAUUUUAGGCUCCAACCUAAAUCCUGAGUUUAUAUCUGUGUGUAACAAUGCCACCUGGGCCAUCGGAGAAAUCUCCAUCAAGAUGAUCGCCACAGAGAUGCAGCCCUAUGUCACGCUAGUACUGGCACCACUUAUUGACAUCAUCAACCGACCCAACACGCCCAAAACUCUCCUCGAAAACACGGCCAUAACAAUUGGUCGCCUUGGUUUAGUAUGCCCACAAGAAGUGGCGCCUAGUUUACAACAGUUUAUACGGCAGUGGUGCACAUCCCUGCGCAACAUUCGUGAUAAUGAAGAGAAGGACUCGGCUUUCCGUGGUGUAUGUCACAUGAUCAAUGUUAACCCUGGAGGUGUUGUGCAGGACUUCAUAUUCUUCUGUGAUGCUGUGGCGUCCUGGUCACAGCCUAAGGCAGAUCUGAAAGACAUGUUCUACAAGAUCCUUCACGGCUUUAAAAACCAGGUGGGAGAGGAAAACUGGACCAAGUUUUCUGACCAAUUCCCUCAGCCACUGAGGGAGCGCCUGGCUGUCCACUAUGCCGUGUGACCUGUAUCCAAACAGGCCAAGGGGAAAAGGGAAUGUGCUAACCGGGCAAAUCCUAUGCCCAGGCACAAUGGGGCCACACACAAUGGGGUUGGCAUCGCGAAAUGGGAGGGCCAGCUCAGAGGGGGGCCUCUGUAGCCGUCAGCUCGCGGGAAACAGCAGGGCAGGGAGCUAGGGAAGGUCUCCAUCCCACACCUAGCCGUUCAGUGUGCCCAGCUGUACCGCAGCACAACUGUAUCCAUCGCGGAGGGAGGGUCGCGUCAAGGGGAGGGCUAAGUAUUUAUACAUCAUAUUACAUGUCCGACAGAUUUGUCACCGGGAAUGUUAGGUAACUGUGGUUUCAGUAGAGUAUUGCAUGCCAGACGUAUAGGUUGUGUGAUACUCCUCGAGACCCGUGUCCAGUACAUGUAUUUCAUAGCAUCAGUAUUUUUUCUUCUGAAGUUUAGCAGUAGAGUAAAAUAAAGAGGGCUUAGGAACCUUCUGCAGCUGGUUAUGUCUCGACUAAGAGGACUCAAAAAUUACUUGUUUUUCUCUUUCUUUCCAAGUUCAGCAAUUGGACUGAAAUUUAAUUACUGUUAUUUCAACUAUUAAUUAAGGAGUGUUUUUUGUUACUCCACAAUGAGUUGGAAAUCAACUGUUUUGAGAUUUUCUGUGUAAUUAUUGAUGUUGAGGAAAUCAGUUUUUCUGUUCCAAAUAUGAAAGUCUUUUUUUCAAUGGACAUAACAAGCUUGGAGACCUAGUGCUUUCGUUGAUAGCUUGCAGACUGCAUCCUCAUUUUUAGCGUCGUCCUGUGUACAUGUGCCGGUUCAGUAUCUGGCUGUUCACCGACGCCUUGACAUAUGUCAAUUGAUCCAAUUGUUUUUUCUGAAAAAGUGUAAUUUGCAUUAUCCCAAAAAUGCCCAAUACGGUAGAUAAUUGACCACAUGUUGCUAAAAGCACAUUAAUACACGUUUUUUGUAUGGGUAAUUUGGUCUUCUAGAAAUUGAAAAGUUUUGAUGUCUCGAAUAGCAUUUUAAAUCUAAAGUAGCUAAAAUGUAUGAUUUCUUGAAUGAUAUUAAAAAUUGAUGAUAUACGAUUGUCUUAAAUGAGCGAAUCUGAGAAAUUUUACGUUUAAAACACGAUAAGCGAUACUUAGCUAUUAACUGAAGACCAAAGAUGUUAUUGACAAGUUAAAGUGGAUUUUGCAUAAAGAUACACCUAUAAUAUUUUGUUUUGAUGAAAUGACAAAAAAGAAAAUUACUAAUUUGAGAAGGAAAAAGAAGACAAUAAUAAUCAAUGCUUGGACAAUUAAAUUAUUCUUCCAUUUCUUUGACAAGGAAACAAAGUUUGGGUAAAAUUUUAAAAUGCAGAUAGCUAAUUUGCUGUUUUGUAGUAAGUUUGAGUAGUAUAGAGAAAAUGUCCUACAACUGCAGAUGAAGUUGUGUUUUCACCUGUCAUGUCAAUGUGUGUUGACUACAGCCUGGAUUGUCCAGGUCACUAUUCUGUCCUUUCUAUUCUGUCCAUCUCCUGAGUGGUCGGACUGACCGUUCAGGCCCUGAGAAGUCACACCGAUUUACCGUUCAUUUCGUGACUGGUCAAACUGACUGACCGUUCAUGUCCUGAGUGGUCAGUUCGACCGACAUCUACAAUGCUAAUAUAAUCGCUACUGUCACUGAUUAAUACCUAAACCCAACAUAAGCGACUUGAGAUAUUGAGUCCGCCCGGAGGAAGAGGGGAUGUUUUAUCUCCUGGGAUUGGGGGCGGAACAUCAGCAGGAGUAAACAUCCAAGGAACCCUGCAUCCACCACGCUCGAAGCGUUUGACGUACAUUACGUUGUAAAAGGUGAACACUGCCUUACUACGAAGCUCACACAGUUCUGUUCCCUACACAUCACCAGUAGGAGUCGUGUCCGACCUGGUCGACCGACAGUAUACAGGAUUGUUCUUCGCCAUUAAUGAACUGUGUAAAAACACAAUGAAGCAAUGAAGUGUUAAUAAGUAAGACCGAACACAACUCAUACUUGCUUCAGUUUAAGUUCAGAAGUUACAUGAUUUGUCACACCAAGAAAAGCUGUAAUUGGGAUCACUGUUCAGUUCUAAUGAAUUCGUGGAAGCACAUUUUUAUUGGGGUACUUUUAAAAUGUGAUAUUUUGUAUAUAGAUUUGUAAAUGAUAGAUAUUUUUUAAGUAUUUAUGUAUGUUUUAUUAUGUUAAAUAUAGGGUAGGUAACUGGAAUAGGACUAUGGCGAUUUUGAGGAGUUCGUGAUCGGGCUAAGUAAACGGAAAACAAAAGGUAACUAGGGUGGGCUAUCCAUCAGUGAAGUGUUCUUGUAACUUAUUGUUCAGUUUCCAAGUGUUUCACCAAUUACCAACCUUUCAAGAAUACUGAUCAGUGAUCCCAAUGACAGAUUUGCUUCUGAAGCUUGUUAUCCAGGUGUUGGCGGUUUGGUUUCUGGACGGAGAAGGUUCUCCCGGUAUCUACCAGAGCCAAGUCCAGCCGGCCGCACACCGACAUUAGCAGGUCCUUGUGUACCGCAAUCUGUGAUCUACUAUAGGUGUUCUUAAGUUUUUAACGUGUGAUGUUAUUAUAAUCUGGGAAUAUUUUUUUAUAUUAUUUUUUUGAAGUUAUAUUAUUAUUGUUGUUGUAUUUUUCAUUUUAUGAUAGGUGUUUUGUAAGUCUUUCAAUUGUAGAUGCGGUUAUUAUUAUAUAUUAGGUACGAGCAGCCAUACUGGAAAGUAUUGUUAUGAUGAUGAUAAUGAUGAUGAUAAAAAUGAGAAGGAUUUUACAUUAUUUUUUUUUACAUUAUUUAUGAUUAUAAAUAGUAAAUAAAUUAUUUUGUAAUAAAUUGUAUUAUAGGAUAUCUGUCAAUCUGCUCUAAGUUCUUCUCCAGCCACAUUGGCGUGUACGUAGUUGAGUAAUGUCGUCGUGUGAACCUUUGUGCAGUUAUGUAGUAAAACACAUUUCCAUUUAGUUAAGGGACAGCGCCUAAUCUGAAGUCGUGAUUCACUGCAUUAAUUUUUCUGACCAAACAGAUUUUAGAACAAGAUCAUUAGUUGUUCAGCUACACUAGAUUUGGACAUUUUUGUGCUUAGCAUUAUCUGUACCAUAUGUACAUAUGAAAAGAGUUUUAAUCUGCAUGCAUGGAAUUAAAAUGUAUCAAAUAAAAA